AUGGUCCGAAUCCAGUUCAAGACGCUCCAGCAGAAGCAGUUCUUCAUCGAGGCCGAGCCCACCGAGACGGUGGCAGACCUUAAGAAGAAGAUCCAGGCCGACCAGGGCUUCCCCGCAGAGAGUCAGAAGAUCAUUUUCUCCGGCAAGAUCCUUCCUGAUGAGAAGACCGUGGGAGAGGCCAACUUCAAGGAGAAGGACUUUUGUGUCGUGAUGGUCGCAAAGCCCAAGGCUGCUCCUGCCUCCGCCGCCUCUACUUCUGCCGCCCCUUCGACUCCCGCCGCUGCCCCUGCUCCCCCUCAGACCCCCGCGCAGCCCACCUCUGCGCCCGCCUCCGCCCCCAACGCACCCGGACCCGCCGCUCCCUCCUCCGCACCCGCCGCAACCGAAGCCGAGACGCCCGCUCCCGCUGCGAACCAGCCCGCAGACGAGGCGACGUCGUUCAUUUCGGGAUCGGCGCUUGAGACGAGUAUCAGCGAGAUGGUCGCGAUGGGUUUCCCGAGGGAGCAGGUGCAGAGGGCUAUGAGGGCGAGCUUCAACAACCCGCACCGUGCUGUCGAGUAUCUCAUGACUGGCAUCCCCGACGCUCCCGCCGCCGCCGAGCCUGCCGCUGCUCCGGCUGCCGCCAACCCGCCCGGCACUCCUUCUCCCGCUUCUGGCAACGCCGCACCUCUCGCUGCCACGCCUGCUCCUGCCGCCCCCGCCAACGCCCCUCGCAACCUCUUCGAAGCUGCCGCCGCCGCACGCAACGCACCACCCGCCCCGGCCGCAGCGACUGGUGGCGCCGGCGCAUCGCCUGAACUCGCCGCGCUGAGGAGCAACCCGGUCUUUGGCCAGCUCCGCUCGCUCGUCCAGCAGAACCCGGCGCUGCUGCAGCCUUUCUUGCAGCAGCUUGGUGCGAGUAACCCUGAGCUUCUCUCUCUCAUCGAGCGCAACCAGCAAGCGUUCGUCGAGUACCUGCAAGAAGGGCUCGGCGAGGGAGAGGGCCUCGACGCCCUGCUGGACCAGUUUGGCGACGACGGCGACGACGAGGGCGGGAUGGGCGGCGGACAGUACAUCCAGGUUACGGAGGAGGAGCGCGCGGCGAUCCAGCGCCUCGUCGCCAUGGGCUUCGACGAGCAGAUGGCCAUUCAGGCGUACAUUGCCUGCGGGCGUGAUGAGCAAAUGGCGGCAAACCUCCUUCUCGAAGGCAGCUUCGAUUUUGACGACUGA